GUCAGAGACCAUGAAGUCAUCUCUUGAGUCAGCAGAAGCAACAGUUUCAUGGCGUGUAAUUCUAUGUAUAUUAAUAAGCCAAUCCUCAAUUCUAUAUAUUGUGUAUUUCUUAGCCAAACGUUAUAAUUAAUAUGGCAUCCGUAAUUGAGCAAUGCCAAGUUGCGCCACCUCCAGGCAGCGCGGCAGAGUUGACACUCCCUCUUACUUAUUUCGAUCAUAUGUGGUUAGCUUUCCAUCGUAUGAGGCGGUUACUAUUCUACAAGCUCCCUAUUUUCAAACCUGAUUUCGUCCAAAACAUUAUUCCUUCUCUUAAAGAUUCACUCUCCCUCACUCUCAAACACUAUACACCCUUAGCUGGCAAUGUUGCAUGUCCACUAAAUUUUAGCGAAUCUCCUGAGUUGCGUUACGUAAGGGGAGAUUCUGUAUCUGUUACCUUUUUUGAGAUUAAUAUGGAUUUCAAAUAUCUUAUUGGUGACUAUCCCCGUACUGCUAAGGAUUUUUAUCACUUUCUUCCUCAGUUGGCGGAACCUAAGGAUGCCCCGGGGGUCCAAUUAGCCCCACUCUUAGCCAUUCAAGUGACACUUUUUCCAAAUGUUGGCAUAUCUAUUGGUUUCACUAACAAUCAUGUUGCCGGUGAUGGAGCUACCAUAGUAGGGUUCGUAAGGGCGUGGGCUCGGCUCAACAAAUUCGGUGGACAUGAACAAUUCUUAGCAAAUGAGUUCAUUCCAUUUUAUGAUAGGUCAGUAAUCAAAGACCCUUAUGAACUCGGGAAGUUGACAUGGGGCGAAAUGAAGAAACAUAAGCUGGAGAUGUGCGACAUUGUGAGUCCUCCUGACAAGGUUAGAGGUACAUUUACUAUAACACGAGAUGAUAUUGGGAAACUAAAGAAUUUGAUAUUGUCAAGACGACCGAGUCUAACUCAUGUAACAUCUUUCACUGUAAUAUGUGCUUAUGUAUGGACUUGCUUGGUAAAAUCAGAGGACGCGACCAGAGAAGAGACAGACGAAAACGUAAUGGAAUUCUUUGGAUGUGUAGCUGAUUGUAGAGUGCAAUUCAAUCCACCACUUCCUCAAUCUUAUUUCGGGAAUUGCCUAGUAGGGUACGUUGCAAGAAUUAGACAUGCUGACUUAGUUGGGAAGGAAGGCUUUACAAUGUCUGUGGAAUUAAUUAGAGAAGCCAUUCGGGAAAAUAUGAAGGAUGAGGAGUGGAUCCUGAAUGGUAACUGGUUUAAGUCAUAUAGCACCUUAGACAUGAAUCAGUCGCUUUCAGUUGCUGGAUCACCAAAGCUUGACUUAUAUGCUACUGAUUUUGGCUGGGGAAGGCCUGCGAAGUUAGAGUUCGUUUCUAUUGACACUGGUAGUGGAAUAUCGAUGUCUCUUAGUAAAUCAAAGGACUUUGAUGGAGAUUUAGAGGUUGGCUUGUCUUUGUCUAAAACUCGAAUGAAUGCUUUUGCUGCUAUAUUCACCCACGGGCUCAGCUUUCUAUAGCAAGCCUCGCUACAAUUAUAUUUUCACCAAACAAUAGAGUUGGAUUUUUAUUUUGUGCAAGUGAUGCCACUUAGUUAUUCAAUUGUGUGGCAUUCUUUCUAUACUGAAAUGAGAUUUUUGCAUUUUAUGCUCCUAAUGUAUGUUCUCUUUCUUAAUUUGUGUUAAGAGCUUCGAUAAGAGAAUAAAUUUUAGAAUUGAAAACCUUGUAUUUCA